AUGGUAUGUAAACAAACCGGCUUUCGCUGCCUGGCACUGUUUGAAAACAACGCGAGUUGAUCGAAUGGCGAAUUUCACACCGGCGGACGUCGUCCUUUCCCUGCUUGAUCGGUAUGGAGCAGGUUCCCGUCCCAAAGAUGACCCAUUUUUCACGGAAGGAAAUUUCUACCUCAAAAAGUUCGUCAAACUGGGCGUGCUGAGUGAUCUGCCCCAACAGGCAGACAACGACGGGCUGCAGGCUGAAUCAAGAAUCGUGUGCAACGUACCGGACUGUCGGUACAGUUCCGCGUCCGUGCAGGACUAUGAAUCGCACUACAACUCCCAGCAUCGAUACUCGUGUGGAGAAUGCAAAAAGACGCUUCCCAAUGCGCAUCUGUUGGAUUUACAUUUGUCGGAAAUGCACGAUUCGUAUUUUGCUGCACAGGUUCAAUCCGGAAAGCGCCCCAUGUUUUCAUGUUUUCUGGAAGAAUGUAAACACAAAAGCCAAACCCCAGAAGAACGACGAGAUCAUUGCAUCAAACAGCACAAGUUUCCUCACAACUUCCGGUUCGAUCAGCGUGUUUCUGCUCAUAAGAUGCCUCCGCGGCUCAGGGCCUCACUUUCGGAAUCAUCAACCACAGCGGAUAUGGAAAUGGAAACUAGUGCCGAAUGCUUUUCUACUUCGGCGGCAAAAAAUACAAAAAACUUCAACUUCGGCCAUUCGAAAGUUCGAUCCUUCAAAGCCGGGAAAACUGUUAAAAAAUCUGAUAUUUUGGAAAGCAAUCGAAUGGUGGUUGAUUUGUUGGAAAGUCUGCCUACGGAAUAACAGUUUUGAUUUGUUAAUAAAUAAUUUAUUUUGUUAUAAUAAAUAAGUUAAAUAAAUAUGAAUAAAUAAAUGCUUUAUCAGAAUUUGUAACAGAA